AAGAUGGACCGCUCGUUACCAAACGCUCCUUUAUCAUCCUGACUAUCACCAGCAAAGACCAGCAACGAUUUCGCGACACAGCCUACUUGUUUUAGGCGUAUUUGCAGUACUACUGUUGAUAUCGCUGCUACUCCGAGAAGAUCGUCCUCCUAUUAUGAAUGCCAACUGGGAACCAUCACACGAGGGAUGGUACAGUCGUGCGCAGCCUGGCUCGACUAGUUUCACACCGACGAGAGAAAAUCUUCUGCUCGCGCUCACUGUCGAUACCCCAGCACGGCAGGGCACUCUCGUGGCCGCCCUCUUCAAACCGAACGUCGCAAUUGAUGGCAGUGGCAGGGUCUUGAGCCUGGCACAACCGGAUAUCGACGGCAUAUCCUCUCUCGCCGCUCAAGUCCUGAGCCUACCUGACACGGGCUCCUUCCAGAAUCAGUGGCGGAUCGAUCAUCCCAUUACCUCGCGCCCGAUCUACAAGCUUCACAUCACUGAUGGGGGGCAGACGAAGCUGACAAGCGUGUACGGCUACGAGAAGGGCAAUAAAAAACUCAAGUCUAACACGGCAGGGCAUGACGAACUCCCGGACGCCCUGUACCAAUUGCUCGGCUUACUUCAAGAAGGCCAGCAGGGAUCAGAGAGUGGCGGAAACAGCGAGGUCGUCGAGGCUGUCAAGGCUCUGAUCGCCUGAUCGCAAGGCCAUCGACAUCAUAAGAACGAGGGACUUGAAUAGCUUUUGCACAAGUUGUUAACCGACUUUUUCAAUUAUCCGAAUAGCGGACAGGUUUUGUUCGAAAUAAGAAGCAAGCACAUGGCUAGGGUUGGCCGUUCAAAUCACUGCGGAGACUAUACGCCUCUCUCCCUGGUUCUCUAACAUGGAGAAACAGGACCCCUGAAAGUACCGAUGGAGGUUAGAUACCAGAGAACCUGAUUUCCUGUAUUUUUACCGGAACCAAAUUUCGCCCAAUUUGGCUGUUUUUACCGGG